AUGCGGGCUGUCGUGCUUGCGGUGCAACGCUCCUCCGUUUUGGUCCAAACACACUGCGGCGACGUCAUCUCCGUAUUUCCCUACACGGACGACGAGAUUCUGAUCGCAGGGCAACAGCGAAGAGUCACCUACUUGCCGCUCCGGCUCGGGUACGCGACGACCUUGCAGAAGAUCCAAGGAGCAACACUUGAGCACAUCACAGUCUGGCUGGACGUCCCGAAUGUAGAGGCCGCGGCCUAUGUGGCGCUGUCCCGCGUGCAAUACGACGAGAAUUGGCGUUUCCUGGGCCAUGUCACGAGGCAUCACUUCACCCCGGCCUCGGGCGUCUGA